UAGGGAAGCUGAAGUUGACUGGCUGGCUUUUCAUGAGGAAGGAGGAGUCAGUUUCCAUGGCAUGGACACAACACUCUGGAUGGUGAAGACUGCCUGCCAGCACAGAGCUCGUCGAAUUUCACACGAUACAUUGUUUUCUGUCAUGGAAUUGACCAAAAUGUCAGACAUGACAAAGCUUCACCAAGCUGUGGCUGCUGGAGACCACAGCUUAGUGAAGAGGAUUUUGAAGAAAGGUCUCUGUGACCCAAACUACAAAGAUGUAGACUGGAAUGACCGGACCCCACUUCACUGGGCUGCAAGCAAAGGGCAAAUGGAGAUGAUACGGCUCCUGAUAGAAUAUGGAGCCAGGCCCUGCCUGGUUACCAGUGUGGGCUGGACCCCAGCUCAUUUUGCAGCGGAAUCAGGCCAUCUGAAUGUACUCAAAGCUCUCCAUGCAUUGCAUGCUGCCAUCGACGCCCCUGACUUCUUUGGAGACACACCAAAGAGGAUUGCACAGAUCUAUGGGCAGAAAGCCUGUGUGGCAUUUCUGGAAAAAUGGAGUUUCGCUGUUGUUACCCAGACUGGAGUGCAAUGGCACAAUCUCGGCUCACCGCAACCUUCACCUUCUGAGUUCAAGCAAUUCUCCUGCCUCAGCCUCCCGACUAGCUGGGACUACGGGCGUGCACCACCAUGCCCAGCUAAUUUUUGUAUUUUUAGUAGAGACGGGGUUUCACCUUGUUGACCAGGAUGGUCUCGAUCUCUUGACCUCAUGAUCCACCCGCCUCAGCCUCCCAAAGUGCUGGGAUUAUAGGCAUGAGCCACUGUGCCUGGCUCUUAUGACUUUUAAAAUAUGUUUUUUCUAAGAAUAAAUCUCAUGAUAUAUUCUUGCAUGCCUUUUAAAUGCUGACAUUCCUCAGGGUCCUGUCUUUGGCUGUCCUCUACUGACUUUCUCUAGGUAAUCUCAGCCCCUCCCUAGUGACCAGGGAUGAACAUGAAAUAUGACCCCAACAUAACUGAAAUGCAGGAGGAGUGCUUUCCUUCAAAUAGUGGGAGUGCUAUUGCCAAGAAAAGUAGGCAGACAGUGUUGAGCCAGCAAAAACAACAAAGUUCAGUCACAUCAUGUGUUAGUCAUCUCUAUUUAUCAGUUCCCACUAAGAACUUCCCAUCUGACAGUUAAAGGGCUUAGGAAGAAUAAUCCUGAAUUAAGGGGAAAUUAACUUGGAUCUUGAAAGAUAGCUGACUGAUGGAGGCAGGAGAAAAACUGUUGAUUCGGAGUGAACGCACCAACUUGGAAAUGUGCAUAGGUGUGUGUAUAUGUGAGAAGGUGAGGGAUAAUGGAGGGACAGUGUAGGGAUGAAUGGCCUGGCUAAGCAGAGCAUUCACACUAGAGAGGAAUGGAGGAUAAGGUCAGGUGAGGGGGUGGGUAACCACAGUGAGCCCAGUGAGCCAGGGAAGCAGAAGAGUGAUUCACAAGGGAAUCACUCAUCAGGGGAUUCACAAGCUGAAAUAAAUGCAUUAGCAAUUUACUUGGGUAGUAGAGGAGUCGGCAGUGGUACUGUGUGGCAUUGAAGAUGGUUAGACUUUAGGCAAGGGGAUUACUUAAGGAAUUUCUUAUUGAUUCACAUUUUGAGUAAGUUAGCUCCUGGGAUAGGUGAUGAAGAAAAAGGAUGUAAGAGAACUUCAAAAGAAACCUAGACACUAUGUGAUCAUUUUCUGAAUAUCUUAGGAAUUAUUGGGAAACAAUUUGGCUUUUGAUUCAGCCCCCUAAAUGAUAAACCAAUCAUUUAGCAAACAUUUUUGAGUUCUGCUGUGUGUGUGUCAUUGAGUUAGACACUAAAAAGGACCUAAAAUAAACCAGACAUAGUGCUAGACAUCCAGCAGUUUAACUGCCUGGGAGAAGAAAUAACUUGUUUACAUAAAUAACACUAAUGCAAGGCAGAGAGUGACUAGUCAGAGGAGGGACUGGUGUGGUCUGAAGUUUGAAACGUCACCUCCAGCUUGGGGUGAAGGACUAGCAAGUUUUCUGUCCUUUGAAUGAACUGUGCUUUUUAUAAUGGUUUGCACUUAAAAUGCUAUUUGCCUUGCCUAUACCGUUAUCUAUCCUUUUAAGUUCCAUUUGUCCUCAUAGUGGUUCAAGUUUUAUUUCUGUAAAGUGACUCUUCCAAGUGCCUUUAAGUAAGUCAUAUAAUCACCUUUUGCCUCAUACAAAACUGUAUAUGUGUGUAUUUCCUAUUGUCUGUGUGUGUAUAAUGCUCUACUUACCUAAUUGUCUAUUUAUCCAUCCAUCAAUCCAUUUACAACAAUCUAUAUUUUUAUAUAAUCCAUACAUACAUAUAAUACAUAUGUGAUUAUGAGUCAUUCUCAUUUUCUUCCUUAUAUGAUUCUGCACUUUAUAUUUUAUACAAGGAACACAUGUCACUUUUAUAAUUACAAAAAAUACAACUAAAAACAAUCUUCCAAUAAUAUGCAGGGUGCUCUAUAAAUGUGAGCACUUCAAGAAUUAUUGGCACUUUCUUCAAGCUAAAUGACUAUCUUUGAGUCUGUUAACAUCUCACUCAGGUCACACGAUUUUUCUUUCCCUCCAAGUAGUUUCUUUAGUGUCUGAGACCUUCCCUAAGUGUAUGCUUGGAAUUGCUCAAACUUGGCCUCCUUCCUUCUCAACUGAACUGCUGUGUGCAGAGCCUGUGAAGAGAGGCCAACUUCAAGUGUGGGGCAGGCUCUCCUGCUCCAAGUUCAGAAGCCCAUCUCUUCU